AUGCGCUCUGCCCCACAUCGUCUGGUAGAUGGCAAGUUCCUGGCAAUGACCUGCAUCGUAAGCGGGCGGUUUGCAGCAUGCGGACGUGACCUUCAGCCCUCCGACAUCAGCGCCCUUGACGACUACAUCCACCGCUGCAAGCUGGGCCCAUAUCGUCCUGGCCGCGCUGUGGCAUUGGCGCAACAAGCCUCCUCAUCGCCAACCUCAGAGCAACGUGAGAGUGCUGCAAAGGCCCGGCAUGCGCAUGCAUACGGUAGCCAUGCACUCCCAAAUCUAAGGGCGCAUGAAGUGCUUCUGCAUACCAAGAUGUCUUGCUUUGCGUAG